AUGAUGAGGUCCUCAUCAGCGACUUCUUUUGCAUCAAAGAGGUGUCGAGCUCCGCAAGAGACGAUCAUACUCAAGAUCACGAACCUAGAGGAUGGAGCAAUAGAUAUCUACAAGAUGGGUGCUCAUGUACAUCUUAAGAAACUAAUGCUUGCUUACUGCCAAAGGAGAAACUUAGACUACAGGACUCUCAGAUUCAUCUACAACGGUAGCUUUCUCAAACCACGACAGACUCCUGCUCAGCUCUUGAUGCAAAAUGACGAUACCAUCGUCACCCUCAUGGAACGAGGCACUGCUUAA